AAUUUAGGAGGCUUAUAAAAACACGGCACUUCUGAAGAGUUUCGAUAGAACGCGAACUUUUCAAGGAAAUGUAUUAUCAAUAACGUGGCAAUUAUUGCAAAAGCAGAGAUAUUUCUGUGACUAGAGUUAUAUUAAGCGCUUUGGAUACUUUAAAGUUUCAUCAGAAAUAAAGCAAGGGUAUUUAAUAAUAAGAAUAAAUAUUCUGAUGGUUAUUUCUUUACGUUAAAAGUUAUAGAUAUGGAAAACAAUUCAUGUAAUAAUAGCUGCGAUGAUGUUACAGACGAUGAAAUUCCGUCUUCGGAGUAUGUUUAUGUUAUAUUAACGGCUGUAACUUCAGGAUUAUCUAUAUUUGGUCGAACAUGUAUUUGUGUUUUAUACUUUGCAUUCAAAGACCUUCGUUCGCCCGCACGACAACUGUUGCUAUUUUUAGCAUUUUCAGACGCAAUGCUGGCUCUUGGAAAUCUUUUGGGAAUCAUUUGGUUUCUGUAUAGUGAUUCGUCAAUUAUUAAUAAAAGUGAGGCAUAUUGUGAUUUUCAAAGCGCGAUGACAAUAUAUUUCAGUAUGACAUCAUUUGCAUGGACUGUUACUAUGGGUUUUAGCCUGUUCGUUACUGUGGUACUUAACAUGCAAAAUUUUACUGUGACUUACAUGAAACUGUUCCACAUACUGGCAUGGAUACCUCCAGGGAUAAUUACAAUAUUGGCCCUCAGUAUGAACGUACUCGGCACAGACACAACUUUAAAACAAGCGAGCUGGUGUUGGAUAGAUCCUAGGGUUCCGAAUGCUUUACUUUGGCAGUUUGUUACGGGGAAGUCUUUUGAAAUCAUUGCUUAUAUAACAACAGUUGUUUUAUAUGCAUCUAUAAAGGUGUUCUUGGUGCGACAGACAAAGAAAAAUAUUGGUAGAGUGAGGUCAAAGCGCACGAGGAGAGAUGUCAUCGCUGAAGCCAACAGAAAACUGACGUUUGUGCCCUUGGUUUUUAUCGUCUGUCGAAUAUGGGGAACUCUCAGAUUUCUUAUUGGUAAUUUUGGUCAAGACAUAGUUAAUGAACCGUAUGUAACGUGGAUAAAUCCGCUACAGGGUAUUGGUGACAGCGCACAGGGAUUUGCAAACUUUGUUCUCUACUGUUUUUCCACAAGAUCCAUCCGCCGGCGAAUGUUUCCAUUUACAAAUAAAGUAGGGCCAGCCACUUCCUGUGCUUCUGAUACUAAAACGGGUCAAACUCUUGCUACUACGACAAAGAAAAAUGCUGUCGGUCCAAGUGAAAUGACUGUAGAAAUGACACCUGCUUCUGCUAAAUUAGACAACAGCAAUAUAUUUCAAACCGAAAGUGCAAAAGCUUCAAAGUAUAAAUCAAUGAACGAUGAAAAAAUGGCAACAAAUAGGAAUGAAGAUAUGAUAGAAACAUUAAAUGAGGAACAGUCUUCAGUUGAAAUAACUCCAGAAGGGACGUCCACUAAAUUUAAUCCAUCAAUCACAGAGUCAGGUAAUGGAGAUAUAAGGUCAUCUUCUAUAGAUCUGGGAAAUGAUAACCUUCCAGAAGAUCUGGGAAAUGAUAACCUUCCAAAAGAAGACAAAGAAACAGCUGCUCACAAUACAUUAUCCUAUGGAAAGAAUUCGGUUAGAUUUCAAUUAUGAUACAUGUAUUACAGAACCUUAGGCGAGGAUAUAUGGGAAUAAGAUCAGUAUAAUUUUUAUAAAAUGUUGUAAACUCAAUUUUUAACAAUGCAUAAAUUUCAAAAGUUCAAGAGUUCAAGUUUGCAUGAAGACAAUUAACAGCAUUGCUGUAUUCAAUUAACGACGCACACCCAUGCCACACAAGACAAAAUGAAGGAAUUAAAUACCAAUGCUGCGGAACAUAUGCAUAUGUGUGUGCGCGCCCCCGUGUGCGUGCGUGUGUACGUUCGUGCACACUGUUUCAAACGAAACGUGGUGAAAAGUUUUGCGCUUUAACAUAAAAUCUAAUGAGCUGAGAACAUAAAAUUUAGUGAAAACUAUUUUAGUAUCCUGAAA